AUGGCUAAAUUGUAUAUCUUCAAAUGUUUUUAUUUAUUUCUCGUAAUAGUGAUCAAUAUUAGUACUGAUUUUUGUUACGCAAAAUUAAAAUACUCUUUAUCGAAGCAUGAAGCUUAUGAAACAUAUAAUCUCACACAAGAAGAAAUUUGCCAUCCUUUACGGGGCAAAGCUAAACCAAUACCAAAGUUAACUCAUGCUAUAACAAUAGAACCCAGUUACAUUUUUCAGAGCUGGAGAACACCUCGGAACGCCGAUUUGAUAUGUAAAUUUAUUGUUAAAACAGCACAUCGACAAAAUUUGAUGGUUAUUAUACAGAAUUUGUCAUUUCGUCAAAAUGGUUCUAAAUGUGUGGAUUAUGUCAAAAAUAGAGUUUUAUUUGUAUCACACUGCGCGUUUUACAAAACUGCAUCUUUGACUAAUAUAGAAGAUGAAAUAGAAACAACGAUAUUAGUAUCGAAACAACCUUUAGAUCCAGAAGAUCCUCCCUUGAAUAUAACACUUGUAUAUACUCCAUUUAAAGACUGUUUCCAUAGUGAAGGUUUAAAUAACAAUGGUCAGAUUUAUAAACGACCAACAGAAACAUCAGAGUAUUGUUUACCAGAGGAUUAUAUCUGUGAUGGAAUAACAAAUUGUCUUCCUGAAAUAUGUAAAGACGAGUCAAAUUGUCCUGAGAUAAUCGUAAGCAAUGGAAUUGGAACAAAAGUAACAAUAACUGCCGUUUCGACAAUAUUGCUCUGUUUUAUAAUAUUUUUAAUGGGUCUAUGGAUUUGCCGGCGAAACCACAAACUGUGUUGGUCUCCGGACUGUGCUGGUCCCCCGAAUCCGGAUGACCAUAGAUUUGCAAAUGCCAAUAAUCGUGGAUCAGGUAAUUUUACUGAUCAACAAUCGCCGUCGGUACCUUCCGCGCCGAUGCUUCAAGUUGCCGUUCUUUCGUCACCCACUGACAAAGAUUUGCCGCCUAGUUAUGACUCUCUAUUCCCCGUGGAGGACGUCGGAGCUCCGCCACCCGUGCACAGUAAUAUAUAA